GUGCAGGAUCUGUGCUAGAAGUACGUGCGUGUUACACAGUGGGGCUCCGCAUACACUGCAAAAGGACAAACCAAACAGCUACCGCUUGAGAGUGACCGAGUGGGUUCUCUGCACAAGAACAAACCAACCAGUCCCUUGUCCGAAAGGCCCUCUCCUUUUCUCUGCUUCGUUGCUCACUCCAGAUCCUCGGUUGUCCUCUUUUGGAGCAGUUAACCAGCAGUGUACCGAAAAACAGCGACUUGCCUCCAAAACAGCCUCCGCGGCCCGUGGCUAGGAGAGUUUUGUCCCAGGCGCUUCCCGUCUCACUAGUCGCGGGCCGGGGCUACGCCUUGUGCGUCCCCGCGCAGCCGCAGUACUGGGCGAGUAGGCGGGGCCGGCUGUUGGCGGCAGCUGGCUUGGCCCGGGAGGCGGCUGCACGUGCGGGCGGGGGCAAUGCGUCACUGAUCGGAGGAACGAGGAUGAAUAUGACUCAAGCCCGGGUCCUGGUGGCUGCAGUGGUGGGAUUGGUGGUUGUCCUGCUCUACGCCUCCAUCCACAAGAUUGAGGAGGGCCACCUGGCUGUGUACUACAGGGGAGGAGCUUUACUAACUAGCCCCAGUGGACCAGGCUAUCAUAUCAUGUUGCCUUUCAUUACUACAUUCAGAUCUGUGCAGACGACACUACAAACUGAUGAAGUUAAAAAUGUGCCUUGUGGAACAAGUGGUGGGGUCAUGAUCUAUAUCGACCGGAUAGAAGUGGUUAAUAUGUUGGCUCCUUAUGCAGUGUUUGAUAUCGUGAAGAACUAUACCGCAGAUUAUGACAAGACCUUAAUCUUCAAUAAAAUCCACCAUGAGCUGAACCAGUUCUGCAGUGCCCACACACUUCAGGAAGUUUACAUUGAAUUGUUUGAUCAAAUAGAUGAAAACCUGAAGCAAGCUCUGCAGAAAGACUUAAACCUCAUGGCCCCAGGUCUCACUAUACAGGCUGUGCGUGUUACAAAACCCAAAAUCCCAGAAGCCAUAAGAAGAAAUUUUGAGUUAAUGGAGGCUGAGAAGACAAAACUCCUUAUAGCUGCACAGAAACAAAAGGUUGUGGAAAAAGAAGCUGAGACAGAGAGGAAAAAGGCAGUUAUAGAAGCAGAGAAGAUUGCACAAGUGGCAAAAAUUCGGUUUCAGCAGAAAGUGAUGGAAAAAGAAACUGAAAAGCGCAUUUCUGAAAUCGAAGAUGCUGCAUUCCUGGCCCGAGAGAAGGCGAAAGCAGAUGCUGAAUAUUAUGCUGCACACAAAUAUGCCACCUCAAACAAGCACAAAUUGACACCGGAAUAUCUGGAGCUCAAAAAGUACCAGGCCAUUGCUUCUAACAGUAAGAUCUAUUUUGGCAGCAACAUCCCUAACAUGUUCGUGGACUCCUCAUGUGCUUUGAAAUAUUCAGAUAUUAGGACUGGAAGAGAAAGCUCACUCCCCUCUAAGGAGGCUCUUGAACCCUCUGGAGAGAACCUCAUCCAAAACAAAGAGAGCACAGGUUGAUGCAAGAGGUGGAAAUGUUCUCCAUAUGAAGAUGUGGCCCAAGGGGUUAAGUGGGAACAAUGGUUUAUACAGACUCUUCAGAUUUACACAGAACUUACACUUCAUCUGUUCUGCCUCUCCUGCGAUAGUCCUGGGUAGUCCACUGAUUGGAGGAUAGAGCCAGCUGUCUGACACACAAAUGGUCUUUUCAGCCACAGUCUUAUCAAGUAACCUAUAUGUGUUCCUUUCUAAACUGCUACUCAUGAGCGAGGAAAGUCUGAUGCUAAGAUACUGCCUGCACUGGAAUGUUAAACACUAAAUACAUAACAAGCUGUGUUUUCCUAAGUGGAGAUCAGUUGAAUAAUGUUUACAUUGGUCCCCCGGGGAAAUGUGUGCUCAGCCAUUCAAGAGAUGACUGAGAAGGAUAUGGUAAGUUCAAGGAGACUGAUUGUACUUGGGACCCAGGCCCUUUCUUUGGGAUCCAGUCCCAGCCUUCAUCCAUGUGAUUAAGAUCCAGGCCACUGAAGUUCCCCAGGAAACGAUCUUCCACUUGAGCAACCUUUUACUUGAUACAGUUUGCACCUUUCUGUUUUCCUACAGGAUGGUGGUGGCCUGCAGGGACCUGAGCUUUGCUACCCAACCAGAGAUUCCUCAUAGAGAUUCCUAAUCACUAGUUUCUUGUAUUCAUAAGCUCAGAGAUACAGAGGGCUUGGUUUGAAGUUUGGGGUGAGAUGAAACCUUUGCUCUGAACCAAAGCUCUGGGGCCCUGCAUUCCCUCCAUUGGGUGAUGACUGUCAGCCUCACUGCCGCAGGCCAUGCUUGGCUAAGGUGCCUGGUUUUAGCCACAGCCACCUCCUUGUGUGUUACCUUUCGGCUCUGACUGGCCAAGAAUGGGACAGGGCUUUAACCACAAAUAGGAGCAGCAUACAAUUCCUAGUGAUUUGCUGCACAGUAUUGUAUCAUAAUUGCAGGAAGUUUUUAUUUUUAAAACUGGAUCUGGGGUAUAUUCAUUUGCCCCAUCACCUCUGUCUAAAGGCCCAAGUCCGAGGGCUGCCAUGGUCACAAGCACACUGAUGCUCCUUAAGAUUGUCUGUCUGGAGCCCACAUAGCGUGGAACAAAAAGUCACCUAGAAAGCAUCCUUGGUCAUUGUCUCCUUCCCACCUGGCCCAGAGAUGCUUAAAUCCAAGUUGUUUCUCCAGCUCUCACCUCCCUCAGGAGAUCAGGAUUCUACUGACAUCCUGGGCAGCCAGUGAAUUUAAUUUUCCAUGAGAAACAACAGAGUUAACCUGUGGCAAUAGGAGACCUACUUCAUGUGGACCUUUUUUUUUUUUCCUUCAGUUUAACUUUUCUGGAGCAAUGUGCUGCAUAGUUCGGCCUGAGUUUGUGCAGCUUGUUAAGACACCUCUUGUGUACACUAUGUUGAAGCUCAACAGAAAAGUCAUGGGACCACUUCUAGAAACCUUUCAGCUGUCAGGCCUGUCAGUCUCAUGACAGCUUGUUGGUUGUGCCAAACACUUUAUUUGGGAAAGGAAAGCCCAGAUUUGAGUGGGUCUUUCCCCUGGGCCUUAUCCUAUAGAGGCAUUUGUAAUAUGGAGAAAAUAAUUUUUCAUUUUUGCUCAUUUAAUUCUAUAAAUUCUCUUUAUGAAUGAACUUUGUGUUCUUUAGUUCUCCUUAAAAGAACUUUUGAAUUAUAAAAAUAAAUUCUUUACCUGUUGAAUUGUUGCCUCAGAUGAUUGUCGUGGAAAAUCUGGAUCACUGACCUCUGUGCUUUCAUUCCUAGAGAUGUUUUAUAGUUACAUGAGCAAAGCUGUUGCCCCAAAGUGAUGGCCCUGGAGGCAGGGCUGAGGAACAGGGAAAUGCCGCUGUGAAGUCUUAAAGCACUUCUGCUUAAACUCCACAUGUGAGGAGUGUGCCUCCCUGUGCCCUCUCAGCUCUGAGGCUGGCCGUCUUUCAGGGUGUUCCUUUUGGCAAAUAUACCCUGUAAUCUUGAGUCUAAAUUUAUAUGUUGAAAUGCUACCUUUUUUAAAAUAAGAAACUAAAUAAAAUUAUUUUACUAUCAGU